AUGGCUGCUCCACUUAACCUCGAAGAAGGUCAGUCGUCAACAAGACCUCCCCGUUUCAAUGGACAUUUCUACAGUUGGUGGAAAGUUAGAAUGCACGAUUAUCUCAUGGCUGAAGAUAGCGAGUUAUGGGAUAUUGUACUGGAUGGACCGUUUAUUCCGAUGAUGGAAGAAAAGGAUGGAGAGAAAACUAAUCUUGUUCCAAAGCCUAGACAGAAAUACGACGAAGCUGAUAGAAAAAAGAUCGAAAAGGGCUACAAAGCUAAAACUCUUCUUGUCUGUGGGAUAGGACCUGAUGAGUUCAACAGGGUGUCAGCUUGUGAGUCUGCUAAGGAAAUUCGGGACUGUUUGAGGACUGCACAUGAAGGAACUGAACAAGUAAAAGAAUCUAAGAUUGACAUGCUUACCUCACGGUAUGAGAACUUCAAAAUGAAGGAAGGAGAAACAAUCCAUGACAUGUUCACAAAAUUGUCUUCCAUUAUAAAUGAACUGCGAAGUCUUGAUGAACCUAUAAUCAUGAGCAAACAAGUCAGAAAAGUAAUUCGAAUUCUUCCAAAAUCUUGGGAAAGCAAGGUUGAUGCUAUUACAGAAGCCAAAGAUUUGAAGGUGCUGAGUAUGGAUGCUUUGAUUGGAAAUCUGAAGACACAUGAGAUGAAUCGAAAUUACGAUUCAUCAAAGAAGGAAGCCAAGAAGGACAAGUCAUUGAUGCUGAAGUACAAAUCAGAUGAAGAUUCCAGUGAUGAUGAUAUGGCAUAUCUUAUCAGCAAAUUCCAAAAAAUUGUGAGGAAAAACAAAGUUUAUAAAAGAGGAACAAAUGGUACUCGAAAUGCUACUCAAGGUGAUACUUGCUACAAGUGUGGAAAAGCUGGGCACUUCAUCAGAGAGUGUCCUUUGCUCAAGAAUGAAAACAAGGAACAUCAAAAACCAAGAAGUGACAAAGAGAAUAGAAGGGACCUGGCUCUUGCUGCAUGGGGUGAUUCUUCAAGUGAUUCAGAAGACCCUAAUGAACAAAAAUAUGUGUCUAUGGUGGCUGUACAUGAGGAGGAAACUGUCUUCAAUGAAAUGUUUGCUCACAUGGCUCACACAGAAAAUGAAGAAGAGGACAAUCAGGUAACUCUUCUAGAUAUGAAAAAUGACUUGGAUAAAUAUUCUCUUAAAAAUUUGAUAACUUUGGCAAAAUUCAUGAUUGAUUCUGUGAUAGAGUUAACAUCUGAAAGAGACACCAUGAAUGCUGAACUUGACAGUUUAACUGAAAACAAAGUUAAACUUGAAGAGAAAAUGUCAGGAAUGGUGUCUCUAGAGUCAAAUAACUCUGAACUUAAGAACCAGUUGAAUCAGAUUACUGAAGAAGCUGAAAAGCUGAAUGGAAUGUCAAAUGGUUUACAAGCUGAAAUUCAAGAAAAAUUGAAAAACUCUGAGAAAAAUCUUGUUCUGUCGCUGGAAAAGAGUAACAAAUUAGAACAGGAUAUUGUCAAACUUAAGGAAGAACUUGAAAAAUCCCUUAAGUGGACAAAAUCCUCAAAGUUACUGUCAAAUGCAACAAAUCAGAGUAAUUUCAAUAAGAAAGGACUAGGAAGUUUGAACAUCACUCCUCCUUAUAAUCCUCACAGUAAGUAUGUGUUUGUGUCUGAAAAUCUGCUAUGUCUUCACUGUGGUAAGAAUGGACAUUUGAAGGGUGAGUGUGCUAGCUGGAGAAACUCCUAUGAAAAGCUCUCUAAUUAUACUGAAAGGCAAAAUUUACCAAAAGAGAGACCUGGUCCUACAAAGCAUGUUUCAACUCACAGAUUUUCAAAGAAAAAAUUUGUCCCUGCUCCCAUGUCCUUUGUGAGUGAGAGGAGCAGCAGUCAGUGCUGGUAUAUGGACAGUGGAUGCUCUAAGCAUAUGACUGGUGAUGUAAAAAACUUCCUCUCACUCAAGACACUUCAAGGAGGAGGUGUCUCAUUUGGUGACGAAAAGAAGGGGUACAUUUUGGGAGUUGGCAAAGUUGGAAGAUCUCUUGAAGAUUCAAUUGACAAUGUGUAUCAUGUGGAUGGAUUGAAGUACAGCUUGUUGAGUGUGUCUCAAAUCUGUGACAAAGGAAAUGAAGUCAAAUUUACUUCUGAGAAAUGUACUGUGGUGAGUCUAACUACAAAGAAGGUAAUUCUCACUGCACACAGAAGUAAAAAUAUGUAUGUGGCCAACUUAGAAACGUCUCAUGGAGAUGAACUUACAUGUCUUAGUGCUCAGAAUGAGAAUGCUGAUCUUUGGCAUCGUAGGCUGGGGCAUGUAAGCUCAUCUCUAUUGAACAAACUGAUUUCUAAGGACCUGGUUCGAGGUCUGCCCAAGCUGAAGUUUGCUGAAAAUAAAAUCUGUGAAGCUUGUGUUAAAGGAAAACAAAUCAUAUCAUCCUUUAAGCCCAAAAAGCAAGUAACAUCAUCAAGAACACUAGAGCUGCUUCAUAUGGAUUUGUGUAGACCCUUGAAGGUUCAAAGCAGAAAUGGCAAGAAGUACAUUUUGGUGAUUGUUGAUGAUUACUCGAGAUACACUUGGACAAGAUUCUUGAGAUCAAAGGCAGACACAGCUGAAGAGUUGGUGAUAUUUUUCAAAAUGAUUCAAACCAAAUUGAAUCAAGUCAUUUGCAGCAUUCGAUCUGAUCAUGGUACUGAGUUUGAGAACUCAACACUGGAUAAAUUCUGCAUGGAGAAUGAUGAUGUGAUGAAACUGUUCAAAUUGAAGAAAACUGAAGGAGGUGAAGCUGAUGCAGAACAACAACUGAAAAAUGAAUGUGAUGAUCAGAAUCAUAGUCUACCUGAAGAGGCUGUUGAGGUUGAAAAAAGUGAUAUGGUACCUGGUACUACUCAAAAUUCCAGCCAGAGUAUAUCAGACUCCCCAGAAAAUGAUGUCACUCUUGAUGAAGAAGAACAUGCUGAUCAGCUCAAUCAAAUGGAGGCUAUUAGAAUUUUAAUAGCUUUUGCUGCAUUCAUGGGGUUCAAGCUGUAUCAAAUGGAUGUGAAGAGUGCAUUUCUGAAUGGAGAUCUCAAAGAGGAGGUGUUUGUCAAGCAACCUCCUGGUUUUGAAGAUGCAGAGCUACCAGAUCAUCUGUUCAGAUUGAAUCAGGCACUAUAUGGUCUGAAGCAAGCUCCAAGAGCAUGGUAUGAAAGGUUGUCAAAGUUUCUGCUGAAGAAUGGUUUCAAAAGAGGCAAGAUAGACAAUACUUUGUUCUUAAGAGAACAAGAAUUGCUUAUCAUUCAAGUUUAUGUGGAUGACAUAAUUUUUGGAGCUACUUCAGAACAUUUGUGUGAAGAAUUCUCAUAA